AGAUUUCCGGGAAAUCGGCGCCAGUUGCAAGUCGGAAAAGGCCAAUACCGAGUCGGGUUUCGGCCGAGAGGUUGAGGGGCGAGUCAACCGGGUCACGACACUCUAGCAGAGGUUCCAGAAGACCAGAGAGCCACUCGAAGGUCGAAGAGGUCAUUUUGAAGCAUAACUUGAACGAAUCAGGGUUUUGUGGCAUAACUGAGUGGACUCGGUCGAGUUCAUCGACUCCCGCUCCGGCGCCGUUGUCUUCGUCGGUGGAAUCGGAUUCUGAGAAAUGGGUACGCUUCCGUUUUCUGGGAACGGAGAGGAAAGAGAAAGUAGUGGCGAUUUCUGCGGUGGAAAGAAAACAGUGA